AUGUCGGAGCAAAGCCAAACUGAGGGACAGAAGCAAGCAGAAGACCCGAGUGGGUCCGUAAAAAACCUAGAACAUGAGCCACAUGCCGACGGCCGUGGCCCAGAAGAUCCUCCUGGGGGUGACAGGAGUCCGGCAGCGGAUGACGGAGCCGCCCCGCCGGCCGCUGUUGGGACAGGCCGGUCUGAGACUGCGGGGGUCCGGGAGGGAGGCGGAGAGUCUCCGCAGAGAAACUCCACCGCCACCGUGAAGGUCAUUCUGGUGCCGGAGGGGAAUGUGCUGACCGAGGCCUUUGUCAUUGGACUCAGCAUCCAGCAGCUGAAGCACCACUUUGCCAGAGAGCUCAAAGUACCUGCAGAGGUCCUGCAGAUCUUUCUGGAUGGAGACAUGGUGGAGGAUCAGAGGAGCCUGAUGGAGCUUGGUGUUCAGCCCCACGGCACCGCCCGGCUGGAGAUGAGUUCUACAGAACCAAACACACACCCUCUCCGCCCGCUGAGACCCCCACAGCAAUACAACAUGCCUGAUGUCAUCACUGUCCGUGUGCAGAAAGAUGCAGAGGCGGGUGUGUUUCAGGAGGUGGUUGUGGAAAUAGAGCGACCCCCCCAGCAGAAGGCUUUUCUCGGUGGCUACAGGCACCAGCUGACGGGGGCAGAGUACCACCAUGCUGCUGUCCAGACGGCAACCAAGAGGAGACCUGACAGAGGCGUGGUUGUCUUCAGCCGUGACACACAGACAGUAACAGUAAAGCACCAGGCCCAGCAGUGUGCUGUCAGUUCAUCCACCCAAAUGACAGGGGUUGGCUGUUAUGUCAGCAGCACGAAGGACAAGCUGGUUGCCCCCGGCAACUACAUAACUGCUGACCAACUCCACAGCAAGAGGCUUGCAGCGGUGAUCCAGUUGCAGUCCUACGUGCGGCGUUGGCGUGCCCAGCAACUGGUGGAGGGGCUGAGGAGGGACAGGGAGCGCAGGUUGGCAUGGUUGGAGAUGGAGGAGAGGAGGAGGAGAGAGGAGAAAGAGGAGCGCUUUAGAGAUCAGCACAGACGAAGACUGAACCCCCAGAGCCGGGAAGACUUCACCUUGAUCUACAAUACUCUAGAGAGGUGGAGACGAGAGGAGACUGAGCGUAUUGACGCCAUGCUGCACGGUGCAGAGAGGAAGGCAGCUCUCUGCCUCUUGGUGGAGCAGGAAACACAACUCAUUGCCACCAUCGGCCGCCAUUGCAUCAUUGCCCAAAACAACAACUAUGAGAAGGCUGUCAGGGCAUUCUUGGAUAAGUGUGCUGCCUCAAAGCGCUGGCACACGUGUGAUGGUAAAAUUGCCCAGAUGGACACCCAGAGCACCAUCAGAGCCAGCGAGCUCCGAGACCUCUAUCUAAACAUCAGCUUCAGCGGCUCCACGCAGGAGGAGCGACUCCAGCUGCUGUCCCACCUCAAGAACACUGUCAAGGAGCAUGACUGUCAGCUCACCAGAGACAUCGUGGAGUUGAUUGACAGGGAGGCAGUCCUAAUGAGCAGGGGGGUGAAACAGAACAAUCUGAGGGGGCUGAGGAAGAGGAUCUCCACACUCUUCCUCCAACUCAUCAAAAGACCUUCAUUUAACCCCGCCGUGGCAAAGCUGCUCAAGGUUCCUCAGAUCUCCUCCCAGCUGAAGACCAACAUUCAUUACUGUCCAUCCUGUCAGUGUUACCUGCAGUCAUCUGACUACAGUCUGACGGCCAACGCCCACCUGUUGGGCCGCUGUCAGCGCUGUGCUGCACUGGAAAACAAGGCCCGGCAGCGGGAAGACUUCUCUGUCUACAGAACCAUCCUGACCCAACUCCGCAGGGACGAGGAGCUGCUCCUCAAUGAGGCUAAGAUCACUUACCUCUUGCAGGAGAAGGACGUGCAGUAUCUGGUGGAUGUGGUGUGGGGUGCCCAGUCAGCCCUCACUGCCUGCCGUGACCUUCAUGAACUGAAGCUGAUCCGCUGGGAGUGCUGCUCGCCAUGGAGUCCCUGGAACUGCAUCCUGGUGUCCAAAGAGGAGGCUCGCGCCCACCUGACAGUAGAGAACCUCCAUCAGGCAUACGGGCCAGUCUUCAUCCGAACUGUCAAACACAAACACAUCCUGGCUCAGAGGUACUUUGCCCAGUUCCCCACCAUGGCAGAGUACUUGAACAAACUGGAGUCCCAGUCCGGAUCUUUGAGCACCCAGCUGGUCUCCAAAUCCAUCAGCAGCCAGUCCUCCACAUGAGCUCAUGACCUUCGGUCACUUUUCCCUCUUUUCUACAUUCUGUUUCCUCCUUUUCUGGACACUUUAACUUAUUGUCAUGGAAAAUAAAGGUUCCCAGUUUGGGUUAACUCGUUUGUACAGAAUUUACAUCGUUUUAGUGACGAUUCAUCUUCCAUGGCUUUCUUUCACAGAAGAAACCACACAGACAGCAUGAAAG